GGGUCCUGUAAUAACCACCACCGGAACGGAAGGGAAUCUUCAGCUGGAGAGUGGGAGACGAUGAUGGGGUCUCGCGCUCGCCUCGUCUCCCUUCUCUUCGCCUUCCUCCUCGCGCGCAUCGCCGAGGCCGGGCCGCCCGCCGCCGCCGCCGCUGGCAGCAGGUACCUGACCAAGGACGAGCGGUGGAUGAACCAGCGCCUCGACCACUUCUCCCCCACCGACCACCGGCGGUUCAAGCAGCGCUACUUCGAGUUCCUCGACUACCACCGCGCCCCCGGCGGGCCGAUCUUCCUGCGCAUCUGCGGCGAGUCCGCCUGCGGCGGCAUCCCGAACGACUACCUCGCCGUACUCGCCAAGAAGUUCGGCGCGGCGGUGGUGACGCCGGAGCACCGGUACUACGGCAAGAGCUCCCCGUUCAAGCGGCUGGCCACCGAGAACCUGAGGUUCCUGUCGUCGAAGCAGGCCCUGUUCGACCUCGCCGUCUUCCGCGAGUACUACCAGGAAUCCUUGAAUGCUAGGUACAACCGCACGGGAUUUGACAAUCCUUGGUUCGUCAUCGGGGUCUCCUACUCCGGCGCCCUCAGCGCCUGGUUCAGGCUCAAGUUCCCCCACCUGACAUGUGGGAGCCUUGCGAGCUCAGGGGUGGUUCGAGCGGUGUACAACUACACCGACUUUGAUAGGCAGGUUGGAGAGUCCGCUGGCCCUGAGUGCAAAGCUGCCCUUCAAGAAACGACCAGACUUGUUGAGCAACAGCUUCUGUCAGACAGCCGUUUGGUGAAGACCUUAUUUGGGGCGCAGACGUUGAAAAAUGACGACUUCCUCUACUUACUGGCAGAUGCCGCAGCAGAAGCAUUCCAAUAUGGGCACCCUGAUGCCGUGUGCACUCCUCUAGUAAAUGCAAAGAAGAAUGGGAAAAACUUGGUGGAAACAUUUGCCCAAAUUGUGAAAGUCUUUUAUGUCAAAGAAAUGGAGACACCAGUAUCUUCAUAUGAUCAGGAGUACCUGAAGAAAACAACUCCCGACGAUUCUAGUUCUCGCCUCUGGUGGUUCCAAGUUUGCAGUGAGGUUGCCUACUUUCAAGUGGCACCCAAAACUGAUAGUGUUCGUUCUGCAAGGAUUAACACAAAGUACCAUUUGGAUCUAUGCAGAAAUGUUUUUGGGGAAGGUUUUUAUCCAGAUGUGUCCAUGACGAACUUGUAUUAUGGAGGCACAAGAAUUGCUGCUUCUAAAAUUGUGUUUACAAACGGCUCUCAAGAUCCAUGGCGCCAUGCCUCCAAGCAGAAAUCAUCGAAAGACAUGCCUUCGUACUUAAUGAAAUGCAGCAAUUGCGGACAUGGCACUGAUUUGAGGGGGUGUCCUCAAAGUCCUUUCAGGAUCCAAGGGGACUCUUCAAACUGCUCAUCUCCCGCAGCAGUCAAUACGGUGAGACAGCAGAUCGCCAAGUACAUUGAUCUUUGGCUAUCGCAGUGCCAAAAACCAUCAGCGUCAGGGGAGUGGUAACCACGAGUUGCUGACCCAUUCGGAAAGAGUAAACGGAGAGAUUUGCAGAUCCUUGAGUAGUCUCGCGCGUCGGACGACAUGCGCAGCUACGGCUACCCGCAGUUACGGAUGCAGAAUUGCAGAUAGGUGAUGGAUAGCCCUUUCGGUGACCGGAAAACAACUACCGUCUCCGGCCCAGAAUAUAGCUAUUUAAAAAAAAAUUCGAGUCAAACUUUUUAAACUUUGAUCAUGGAUGGUAAAAAAGUUAUAAAGAUUGACAGCAUAGAAAUGAUAUUACUAUCAUAAUAUGUAAAUUUUUUCUAUUUAAGAAUAAUUAUUUUUGAAGA